GUUGUUUCAUCAAACAAAACAAUCCAAAAGUUAAGAAAAACAAACACCCCGAAUUUGUAAUAUAUAGCUCAUUCCUACAUAGUCCCACCCCCAUCCCACACUUUUCACCAUUGCUUGGCCGCGUCAGCUUCUGUUGCUGCCGCGGCCGGCAGAGGGAAUAGGCUUCUCUGUUCUUUGUAUGUUACAUUUAUUUUGGGAACAAGAAACAAGAAGCUUGUUGUUCCAUUCAUCUUCCUGUUGAAGCAAAAAAUGUGUGUAAAGAAAAUGGUGAAGGAAGGAGAGCCUAAAACAAAGUCCAUUACAUCUUCAUCAUCUUCAUCAUCAACAUCAUUAUGUGACUCAGAAACAGAAGACUUGCAGCGAAUGCCAUUGGUGCCAUCACAAUUGAUGAAAAACAAGAGAUGUUUGUCCAAGCAGUUAUCAAUGUGUGAGACCUCCAGGGACAUUGCUUGGGAGAAAAGGCGACGCCAGAUUCUUCGUCAGGAGAGAGGAAAGAAUGGGAUUAUUGUAACAAAUGGCUUGACUGAUGAAGACUUGCAUGAACUAAAAGGGUGCAUAGAGCUUGGAUUCGGAUUCAAAGAGGAAGAAGGUCAAAAACUAUGCAAUACAUUGCCUGCUUUAGACCUUUAUUUUGCUGUAAACCGGCAGCUUUCUCCCAGUCCAGUUUCAACACCUCAAAGCGGAGGUUCAUCCUCAACUUCAUCACUUGGUGGCAGGUCAUCCUCUUUUGGAAGUCCUACAAGUGAGUCAGACUGGAAAAUUUGCUGCCCAGGGGAUAAUCCUCAGCAAGUGAAGACUAAGCUAAGGCAUUGGGCGCAAGCUGUGGCAUGUUCUGUGAUGCAGUCAUCUUGAAGUGUGGGAUGGUUUCUAUAGAGGCAGGAAAAUAAAACAAAUCUAGUGUCAGAAAAGAAAAGAAGUGAGUAAGUCAGAGAGAGAGAAAGAGAGAGAGAUAUGGCCUUCAUUGUUUAGGUUCUGUCUUUGAUUGAAAAAAGCAAAAAAUAAACAGAAAAAUGUGCCAAAAAAAGGAAAAUGGUGCAGCAGUCCGGGGUAUUUCUUUUUUUUUUUUUCCUUUUCUUUUUAACAAAAGGUCAGUCAUCUGAGAGAUAUUGACAUUUGGCCUCCAGGAAAAGUUUGGUUAGAGAGGGUUUCUGCCUUGGAUUCUUCCAAUCUUAUUUGAUUUUCUUUGAA